AAAGAAGAAGAACCAAGUAUAAUCGGCAUAAAGAUCCUUGCAGUCCUAAUCAAUAGCAGCAAAAAAACGGAAUAGGGUAUAGUUUUCUAGUGGUAUACUUUGUAAAUAUUUAAUUUUCAUAACAUGGAUGAUGAAGCUGAAACUUAUAAAUUAUGGCGAAUUAGAAAAACCGUGAUGCAGUUGUGUCACGAUCGAGGUUAUUUGGUUACACAGGAUGAAUUGGAUCAGACUUUAGAACAAUUUAAAGAACUUUUUGGAGAUAAACCAAGUGAAAAAAGACCAUCGAGAAGCGAUUUAAUUCUGCUAGUUGCCCAUAAUGAUGACCCAACAGAUCAGAUGUUUGUUUUUUUUCCUGAUGAGCCUAAAAUUGGUAUAAAGACUAUUAAAACUUACUGCCAGAGGAUGCAAGAUGAAAAUAUUCAUAGAGCUAUUAUUGUUGUCCAAGCUGGAAUGACACCUUCAGCUAAACAAUCAUUGGUCGACAUGGCACCAAAAUAUAUUUUGGAACAGUUUUUGGAAUCAGAAUUGCUAAUUAAUAUUACAGAACAUGAACUGGUUCCAGAACAUGUAGUAAUGAAUCCAGAAGAAAAACAGGAGUUGUUGGCUAGAUAUAAAUUAAAAGAAAACAUGCUUAUGAGAAUUCAAGCAGGAGAUCCAGUGGCCAGAUAUUUUGGAUUAAAACGGGGACAAGUGGUCAAGAUUAUUCGUCCGUCGGAAACGGCAGGCCGUUAUAUUUCGUACCGGCUGGUCUGCUGAAAGGGGGAGCCGUAACGUAACUGCAAGUUUUUACCGACUUUGCGGAGACACGUUUUUCGACCUUAUAAGUAUGAGUAUAUUUCUACAAUAUGAAUAAAGUUUCACUCUUUAAAAA